AUGGAAAACUCUACUGGAGACAUCCAGCAAUGGCCCCCAGGGACUGUGCUCCUGCAAGCCGACCAGGAGCAUUCCAAAGAGAUUGUCCUGCAGCCAAAGCCAUCGAACGAUCCCAACGACCCCUUGAACUGGGAGGCCUGGCGCAAGUACCUCAACUUUGGCCUGACCUGUCUUUAUGUUCUCCUCGUUAACGAGUUUCUCUGCGCGGCGACUCCCACCUGGGGGCCCAUGCACGAGCAACUAGGCUUCAGCUGGGCAACCUUGAACAACAGCUACGCAAUCGGCUGCGGCUUCCUCGGCAUCGGAGCUGUAAUCUUCACCCCACUUGCCCUCAAGUUCGGUCGCCGGCCUUUGUACCUGAUUAGUAUCCUCAUUGUCUUCGCGGUUGGCAUCUGGAGCGCAAAGAUGCAAGUGCCCGCAGAGAUUAUGCUGGUUAAUGUCUUCUCCUGUGCAUCGGGGGCACUCUCCGAGGUCAUGAUCCAGAUGACAAUUACUGAUGUAUUCUUCGUGCACCAGCGCGGGGUGAUGAAUGCGAUCUUUAUCUGGACGGCGCAGGUUGCCGGCUCGCUUGGUCCCCUUGUUGCGGGCUUUGUCACGGUGUCUCAGGGGUGGCGCUGGGUUUGGUGGUGGAAUGUCAUCUUCCUUGGUGUCUGUUUGGCGUUGUUUGGGUUGCUGUACGAGGAGACCAAGUACAUUCCACCGGCGGGUGUGGUUUUGAGCGAGUCCUCUGGAAGCGGGAAUCAAGCUGAAGCCAAAAAUGCAGACGAUAAAGUGAUCAAGGCCACUUCACUCGAGGAACCCAGGACACCACCUCCGUCACAUGCGCCCACCAUUAUAACGAAAAAGACAUAUUGGGAACGCCUUACUCUAGUCACCUCAACUCCGGGCCAGUGGUCAAUCUUUGCACGCCACUUCUGGCUCCCAUUCGUCAUGCUCGCCACAAUGCCCGCCAUUCUCUACAGCGCCCUGAGCUACGGUGCGCAGGUCGCCGUGCAGAACACUCUGAGCACAACCAUGUCCAGCCAGAUGACUCUCCCACCGUACAACUUCAACUCGGACCAAAUCGGGUUAAUGAACAUGCCGCAGUUCAUCGGCGUGUCGAUCGGAUCUCUUCUCGUCGGACCAUUAAGCGACCGAUUUAUUCUGUAUUGCGCUCGCCGCAAUAGGGGCAUUUACGAGCCCGAAGUUCGACUUUGGCUCUUGCUCCCGUUUAUUCCGUUUGUCCUGGGUGGCGCUGUGCUGUACGGAAUCGGAAUCCAGAGAGGCCUUUCGUGGCCGGUCGUUGCGGUCGGAAUUGGCGUGUGCUCAUUUGGAAUCGCACCCAUCAACGUUGUCCUGCUCACCUAUAUCUCAGAUGCCUAUAAUAACAUAAUCGGAGACGCGAUGGUCGGUGUCACAUUCAUCCGCAACUGCGUUAGCACUGCAUUCAUCUUCGCACUGAACCCAUGGUUCAAUUCCGUUGGGAUCCAGAACGUCAUCAUAACCAUAUCACUUGUUGCAACUUUCAUCCUGUCAUUUGUGGUGGUAUUUCUGAAAUGGGGCAAGACAUUUCGGGGACUCACUGCGGAGCGGUAUCAGAGACUUGCAGUUUUGAGUAAGGACCAGGCGGAGAGGAUCUCGAGAUAG